GGCGGAGGCAAGGUGGCUGCAGAGGAAACAUCAAAACCCGCACGUUGGCAGACCUGGCAGACACGAACCAACUGGCAACUCAACUCAGUCAGUGUUCCCGGGGCCACAGUGAAGGGUUUACGUCUCUCCCCUUUCUCCACCCAUCUCCACACCGGCCAGGGAGACGAGGAGGCAGCGAGGUGAGCGAGGCAGUGACCCAAUGAGAUGGGUGUAGUGUGUGAGAUGAUCCUGAUAUGAAUGAGGCUACUUAAAGAAACCAUCUACAGAUUCGAGUCUUGGCAAACUGACCUCACCUGACCUGACCUAACGCGUCUUGUUCCGUACCCUGAGACCUGCGUGACUUGACGUGACCUGACUUGACCUCCUCCACCACCAUGGCUAUCAACACCUUUGACGACAUCUUCGACCACAUCGGCGGCUUCGGCAGGUACCAGAUGGUCCUGUUCUUCGUCAACUGCUACAUGAACGUGAUGUUGGUCUUCGUCUACUUCGGCCAAAUCUUCAUGACCCUCGCGCCGCCCCACUGGUGUGCUCCGCCGGAAGGCCUCGACCACCUCAACCUGACUACGGACCAACUCAGGGACCUCACCGUGCCCAGGGACGCGGCCACGGGAGCCUACGAGCAGUGCCGGAGAUACGACGUGGAUUUUGCAGAGGUGAUAGAGACCAACGCCAGCUGGCACAACACCAGCUGGCCCACCACCACCUGUACACAUGGUUGGUUCUACGACUACUCCUCCCUCUACUACCCCACCAUCACUUCGCAGCUGAACUGGGUCUGCGAGGAGGACUGGCGGCCCACGCUAGCCCAGUCCCUAUACUUCGCCGGCGCCUUCAUCGCCUCCCCGGUGUUCGGUUGGGCGGCUGACUACUUCGGCCGCCUCCCCAUCAUCGUGCUCACCAACCUCAUGGGCGCCUUGGCUGGCAUCGCGUCCGCCUUCGCCACCUCCUUCACCUCCUUCACGGUCCUAAGAGUGCUGGUGGGGAUGACCUACGACACACACUACAUGGUGGUCUAUAUCCUACUGUUGGAGUACGUGUCGAGCGAGUACCGCACCAUCAUGGCCAACGUGCCAAUCAUGGUCUUCCUGACGGCCGGGCUCUGCGUCAUGCCGUGGCUCGCCGUCUACUUAGCUAACUGGACACUCUUCGCCCUGGCCAUGCACGUCCCUCAACUCGUGGCCGUGUCCUUCAUCUGGUUGGUCCCGGAGUCAGCGCGGUGGCUGCUGAGUCAAGGGAAGCUGGAGAGGACGGUCACGAUUCUAGAGAAGGCAGCGAAGGUCAACAAGAAGGAGCUGAAUGCUGACGUGGUUAAGGAUUUCGAGCUCUUCGGUGAGAAGCAGAUGGAGGAGAAGAAGGAGUCGGUGACCAUCCUGGACCUUUUCAGGACUCCCGUGCUGAGGCUGCGGUUCAUUGUACUCUGUAUCACGUGGAUGGUGAUCAUCCUCGCCUACGACGCCCACAUUCGCAACGCGGAACACAUCGGGCCUAACUUCUUUGUGACCUUCACCAUCGUGGGCGCCGUGGAGUUCCCCGCCGACCUGCUGACCAUGGUGACGCUGGAGAAGCUGGGCCGCCGACACACCACCGUCUGGAGCCUAGUGCUGAGCGGCUGCGUCUGCCUGGUGAUCACGGCUGUGCCCCAAGAGUACUCCCUGACGGUGCUCGGGCUGGAGGUGAUGGGACGCUUCCUUAUCACUAUGUCCAUGAACGUGGCCCAGCAGUACCCGGUUGAGGUGCUGCCCACGGUGGCGCGCGGACUCGGCUCCGGGGCCAUUCACACCAUGGGCUACGUGUCCGUCUUCCUCUCCCCUUAUAUCGUGUACCUGUCCAAGGUUGGGUUUGCCGUACCCUUCAUCAUUAUCGGCAUCGUGUCCAUCGCCGGAGGUCUCGUGAGCAUUCUGUUGCCGGAGACGCUCGACCAGGACCUGCCGGACACCCUACACGACGGCGAGACCUUCUUCAGGGGCCAAGGCUACUGCUACAACCCUUGGCGCAGGAGGUCCACCGUCGAAUAUCUUCCGGCCAUGCGAGAGGAGAUCGAGAAUGUCAAGAUUCCCAUCAACGAAAAGGCGACCCCGACCAGUGCAGUGUGAUCUUCUAAACUUUGAUUCCCUCGCAUGUAACCGAGUCGCCCAAUGUCCCCCAGAGCAUUGUAAGGAGGCUCUAUACACUUUGUUUUUGGCUAAAUCUUCUUAACUCUGCCACCAUCAACGAGAAGACUAACCAGCUAGGCCUUCACCAGUGCGGUAUAACAUUUUUUUCUUUUUACAUCCCCGCCUAUAGCGCCGGUAGGCUUUCUUCAGGGGCCAGAUGAUCAGCCCAAGCCCGUCAUGGCGCAGGUAAUUUUUAUAGUGGCCCCAAUAAUGCUUGGCUCAUGCUACCCCCCGGCACUCAUUCUUGAUUCACUGGACGGUUUCUUCUAGAGUCCGGGUUGAUGGGUGGUCUUCUGGACAGCAUGUGGGUAGUUUUAGGCCACUCGGCGAUGACUGAAAAAUCCCAGGUGGUAGCGUGGGGAUUCGAACCGACGUUGUCCAUGGAGUGGUGAAAGUGAACCCAGCACGCUAGCCACUCAGCCACCGCCGUGUAACUGAGUCGCCCAAAAUCACCCGAAGCACUGUAUGACGGAACUAUAUACACACUGAUUAUGGUUAAGUCUUCUAAGCCUUGCACUAUCGAAAGGAAGACGGCCAAUCCUCAAGGAGACCAUCACUAGUGCCAGUAUAAUCUUCAAACCUCUGACUACCAUUGCGUGUUACUAGGUCAUGCGAAGUCCUGCCACUGGAAAAAGGCUGUACACUCACCAUUGUUGCCUUUGCCGAUGCCUUCUGAAACCUCGACCAUCGAAAAGAAGACUAAUUAGCAAGUUCUUCAGCAGUGUGGUAUAAUCUAACUUCUGACCUGCCAGCAAAGGCUCUGCACACAUUGUUUUGGGAUUAAGUCUUCAACACCUCCCGCACAGACCACAAGACAUUGAGAAACACGUCAAAUAUAAACUUUCACAUACACAGUUCCAGAUUCUCGAGUCUUACGGGUACAUUAAUUUAGAGCAUUCUCGGUAUUCUGUCCGUAGUGUUAAGUGAUGCGAGUCUGUGGUUCUUGAGCUGGGACGAAGCACUUGAGUACUGCCAAAGUUUGUGUGUAGGUCAUCGCUGUGCAACGUGACCUCUGUGCUAUGCAGGUAUUGAUGUGCUUCUAUGACGAGGCCUUUGAUGAAUGAAGGAAAUCAGUGCAGCGCCUUUUACCCGAAUGCAAUAUAUGGUGCAAUUCAGUAUGAUAUGUAUGUGCUGAACGAUGCACGAUGAGAUAGAACACAUAGUGAUUUCCAGUGCAAUAAUGAAUAAAUAAAUGCAAUGCAACAUAAAGCAAUUUAUUAUAACGAAGUGCAAUACGGUGUAAUAAUAGACGGUAUGGAAAAGUGAGUUAUUCUUAAAGUGCAAUAUAUUACAAGAAAGACAAAUCAAAGAGAAAUAAAGUGAAAUAGUUUUAAAAAGAGAUUAUGGUAGUGUGAGUGGUAGUGCCGAACAAGAGAGAGAGAGAGAGAGAGAGAGAGAGAGAGAGAGAGAGAGAGA